AUGCAUAACAUAUUCUGUUGCAUAAUAUCAGAUCCAUGUCAAUCAUCUCCUUGCGGACCGACGGGUAAAUGUAUUCAAACGAAUCAAGUGCAAUUACCAUAUUAUUGCCAAUGUCCUGAUGGACAAAACACAGUUUUUAAAUGUGCUGAUCCAAAUCCGUGCCAACCAAAUCCAUGUGGUCCUGGACAUUGUGAAGUAACUACAAAUUUACUGAAUGGCUAUAUCUGUCGAUGUCAUGAUGGUACAAUUCAAAUGACAAACUGUUCAAUUCCAAAAAACCCUUGUACGUCAUUACCUUGUGGAUCACAAGGUCGUUGUUUGUCACUUGCUGCAGCACCAAAAGGCUAUAUGUGUAUGUGUCAUAGUGAUGGUAUUACUUUUACAACAAUUGAUACAUGUCCAAAUGCAAAUUCGGUGUGCACUCAUUUGACAUGUAAAAACGGCGGAACUUGUGUACCGUAUUCAACGCAUGAACCCUCGUGUAAUGCCGCACAAGUUGGUUCGGCUUGUUGUCAAUGUUCUCCAAGUUAUACAGGUGCACGAUGUGAACGAGAAAUUGAUUUUUGUUCGUCAAAUCCGUGUAAAACAAAUGGUCGCUGUUUAUCGGGUAAAUCGGGAUAUCGAUGUCAAUGCUAUGAUGGAUUUACCGGUGAAAAUUGUGAAACUCGACUUACAAGAUCGGGUUGUUUAUCAAAUCCUUGUACAGUUGGUAUUUGCUAUCAACUAAAUCAAAAUGGACCUUCCUAUGUUUGUAUCUGUCCAGAUGGUACACUCAGUCUAUCAUGCAAUUUAACUAAUUCAACUCGGAAUUUAUAUAUAACAACAACAACAGCAACAGCAAUGCCACCAAUAAUGUACACAACUACUCCUAUCAGUCAUUUAUUGUAUGGCGCUAAUCCCAAACAUGCCACAGAAAUGCAUGGCCAUGUUGCUUCACCUAUGUCAACAUGUAAUCCGUUAACAAGAAAUCCAUGUAAUGCUGGUCAAUGUGUAUUAGUGGGUGGAGCAGUAUACGCAUGUCGAUGUCGAGAAGGCUACACAGGAGUUUAUUGUGAAAACAAUAUAAACGAAUGUGCUUCAAAUCCUUGUAUGGGAGGUGGUACAUGUUAUGAUCUAAUUAAUGCGUAUGCAUGUUUUUGUCCUGAUCGAGUUUUUCGACCACAAUGUAAUACAACCGGUGUACUACCAACCGCUACAGGUUCUUCCGUUUUAAUGAGUACCAGUAGCAACAAAGUAUCGCAUAGUCCUGGAGACAAAUCUUUACAUCCUCAUUGCCAUUGUCGAAAUGGUGGUUUAUGUUAUCCAAGUCCAAUGGGAGGAAAAUUUUGUCAAUGUCUCAAUGGAUUUACUGGGCAAUUCUGUGAAAUCUCGCUUUCUAUUAGUGUAAGUCGUGCUCAACAUUCAUGUAGUCAAUUAUCAUGUCAGAAUGGUGGAACUUGUCAAGAUCAAGGAGUCGCUGCUGUUUGUAUUUGUAAACCAGGUUUUACUGGUCAACGUUGCGAAACGGAAUAUUUUCGCUGUCAAGCUAACGGUCGUUUUCCGGAUGCAUCAAAUUGUAAACAAGGUCGAUAUUUUGAAUGUGUUUAUGUUGGACAACAUGAUUUGGGCUUACCCAAUGGAGUUCUCUAUAGUCGUAGCUGUCCACCUGGCCUUUGGUUUAAUGCAUUGAAUGACCAAUGUGAUUAUCCAAGUGUUGUGCAAUGUUAG